CGGAAGUGAUCGCAUUCUCCAAGCGUCGUCAAUGGAAAUCAGGGGUUAAUGUUCGCAGAGCCUGUUGAAAAAGCGCUGGGCCGAUGUGUUUUUUGAGUUGUUUGAACAACAUGAAAAGUAGAUGGUAGAAUCCAUGCCGUCACUCAUGCUUUGAUCAUGGAUGAGCCACAGGAAGAGGGCAUUCAGCCAUCCAUCGUUCCUCCAUCACGCCCCAGCGCAAAAGUCUGCCAGCAAGAACUCCAUCCUGACUGGAAUAACGCCAGAGAUCCUUCAGGGGACGUUUACUACUACAACAAUAAAACAAAUCAAACCCAGUGGAAUCCACCAAUUGAGAAAAUUGCUGCCAACUUGGCUGAAGUUCCAAUCCUGACAAUUUUUGUACCCCUACAAACAGCCAGCACUGGUCAUUUAAACUUUUGUGAGAAAGUGACUGGACGUCAAGAGUCAGCUGAUGGGGAGUAUCAUCCAAAAGAUGCUAAGGCUGCCUCUAUUUCAGAGCAACAGCAGACAUCAAUAGGAAUGAUUCCAUCUCUCUUGGAUAGUUUGGAAAAUGUACCUGCUCCAGUGGUUGUUAGUAGGACAGAGUCGAAUCCUGUGGCUUGUUUACGUGCAGACAAAUCACCGUCGGAACCUAUAACUGGGAUUCGAACAACACCAGAGAAACGGCACACCUCCCAUCCAAUAACUUCAAAGCCUUUUCUGACCAGUGCCAGAUUUCAGUGUCUUCGAUGUAGUCAGUCAUUCCCUCACAAACACGGCUUAGACAAAGACAGUUGUAUCAGUGGUGCCUGUCCUUAUACAUGUGAAGAUUGCAAUCAAUCCUUUUCUUUGGAGGAAGAACUUCAGCAGCAUCUUGUGUACUGUGGGCUUUAUAAUCCUAAUGAUCAUGCCUUGAAGGGGGUUUACAUUUGUAAAAGUUGUAGCAAAUCAUUUACCGAGGAGGAACAUUACAGGGCACAUGUUCUGUACUGUGGACUUCAUAAGCCAAUUGACUUUGUAGCUUCUGCUGCGAUAAAUGAUAGUGACGAUUCUGCCACAAAAAAUAAAUGCCUCGAUAUCAUUAAUGUUGCAAGCAGUGAAAAAUUCAUCUUGACAGCUAAUAAGUUAAAGGAUGUGCUUUUACCGCAACAUGAAAUUGGCCAUCAGAAUGACAGCAAACCAAUCCCUCAUAAGAAUGGGUUCCAAUGUCCAUAUUGUAAAAAAGUGAUUUCUCUGAUCAUUCAUAUUCGAAGUCAUACAGGAGAGAGACCAUAUGCAUGCAGUCAGUGCAACAAAACGUAUGCUGAGAGAGGGAUAUUGAACAGGCAUGUUCGACUUGUUCAUAAAAGAGAAAAAGCAAAUACAAGUUCUGGGGAUAGGUUUGUGAGGUCUGCUCAUAAAGAUAAUGAAGUGAUCCGCACUACUGAGGAAAAAUGUUCUUCAGCGAAAAAUUGUUACAUCUGUGAAAGUUGUAACAAGCCGUUCUCUGCGAAAGAAGAAUUUCAGCAGCAUGUUCUGAACUGUGGCAUUCAUGAACCCAAUGGUGGAAAAGUUUCAGAUGCGAAAAAUGAAAAUAAAGAUGUCGCAAAAAAGGAAAUAGUAGUGAUGACAGAAGAACAGUUUAAGGAUGCGUUUUCACCAGGGCAUAAAAAAGACCCUCUGAAUGAUGUGCAUUUGAUUCCUCAAAAGAAUGGGUUUAAAUGUCCAUAUUGUGAAAAAGUGUCUGCUCAGAAAACGAGAAUGGUCAUUCAUAUUCGAAGUCACACUGGAGAAAGACCAUAUGCAUGUAGUCGAUGCAACAAAAGAUAUGCUGAAAGAUCAAAAUUGAACAGACAUAUGCGAGUUAUUCAUAAUGGAGAUUUGCCAACUCCAUGCUCCGGGGAAAGGUUUAUCGUUGUGUCUGCUAGUUAAGAUAAUCAAAUGAUCCACACUGAAGAAAAUUGUGAUUUAACCCCUCCAAAGGAAACCCUCGCAGAUCAUGAACAAAGUCAUUCUGGUAUUCCAUUCAAAUGUAGACAGUGUAAGAAAGCAUUUGAAAGUAAACAAAGCUUGUAUAGCCGUGAAGAAAUUCAUAAUAUUAAAGAAAAACUGUAUUUUUGUUCAUAUUGUGUUUUCCAACCUCUUGUAAAUAAGAGUUACACUCACAUACUCGUACUGGGGAGAAACCAUUUCAAUGCUCUCAUUGUGACAAAGGGUUUUGAUUUUACCUGCUUUUCAAAUAAACUCGUCCACCAAUGGUUUUUAAUAUACUACGCCUCUCGAUACAUUUUGUGUGUGACUUAGGAGUAUAAAAAAACCUGAAUCUCAGGAUGCUGUAAACUAGACCAGGAUUAUUACCUGGCGGACACAAUGGCCCAUAGCUGUUUCAUUUUUUGUCAAUUUUGUUGUACAUGUAAAUAUGAUGCGGUCUUAGAUGUGAGUAUGAUUGUUGAUUGAAUAAAGUAUUAUAUUUUGUAAUCUAAA